CCGCGAACCGCCACAGUGUUGUCGACGAGAAGGAUACACGAAGGCGAGAAAUUCUUGUUUUUUUUCACAUCUGAACAUCGAAAAUCACGAGGAAAACGAUGGUGGACGCACGUUCUAAAGGGUCGUCGAACGAAUAAGCCCAAUUACCGUGGACACGUAAACCUUUCGUGGGUGAAGUGAAACACAUGUGUCGGCCAAAUCGUGUUUUCCACUAUAGAGUGCCCGUCCCGUGUUUGGUCCGUGAAUAUCUCAGCGCUUAGAAAGCCAAGUUACACACCAGUGUAGUAAUUCGUGGAAAAUAUAACGCGGCUGGCUUCGAAGACAUCUAUUAACGCGAUGAGCCGAUUCUUCGAGAUGGAAUAGAAGUCGUCGCAGAAGGCGGCAGUGCGUGGGUGGGUGGGUGUCUAGCGAUUGCCACUCAUGUAUAUCAAAUUCCUUUUGGAAUUUUGCGCAAAAUGUUGCUGACGAACCAAUGAUAGUGCCCUUUCUGAUUAAAUGUUGUUCUGUUCAAUCAAUAUAUAUUAAUUGGCACAUUAUCCAAACAAUUGUUUUUGGGCAUAAGAAAAAAUAUUAGUUAACUUUCAUAGCAAUGCUGCUAUUCGCUGUCAAUUUUUGACUAAUGUCAAUUUGACAGUUUUAAACAAAUAAAACCAAUAUGAUUGUAUUUCUACAUUAUUAUCAACUUUGUUGAUCGUUAAAGGAACCUAUAUAAUAUACUAAUUUUGAUACUAUUGUUGAGAAACUUUUUUGGUAUAACCGACUGGAUGUUCGGUUGUGUCAUAUAUAUAUUCAGUUUUAUUGAAUUCAUUUUUAAAAGAUGUGUAUCCUAAAUUGUGAAAUGAGAGUACUGUAACAAGUCUCUACCAGUUAUCAUUCAUAGCUUUGAGAGAAGGACGUUAAGAAGUCCUGCCUCUUUUCUUUAAUUGACAUUAAGAGGCUAAAGUAUGAAAGGUCAAGCGGAGGAAAAUGGAUAUCGGUAAAGUGUCAGCAUGCGUGAGAAGUCAGCAGAAUGUCAUGCUCACGCAGGUCACGUGAGAGGCACAACUGAAAUGUGCUCACGUGAUCCUCCUACAUUGCACUCAACCCUUACCAAGGCAAAUGGUAAAAAUUCAAGCCCCCAGCCAACACUUCAUUCGGAAACACGUAUUGAUAGCAAUAUACUUCCAACGCCUGGCGGACGAUUAAAAUUUUUUAAAGAUGGAAAAUUUAUUUUGGAGCUAUCCCAUCGUAGGGACGGAGAAAGAACUACAUGGUUUCCAGUUCCGAAAAAGACCUUUUGGCCACCUGCUAGCACAACUCCAAAUAGGCAGGAGAGUUCUACUUCUCUUAGCGUCUCCGAUGAUAAUUCAUCGGUUCAGUCAAGUCCUUGGCAAAGAGAUCAUUGUUGGAAACAAGCUCAUCCAAGACGUAGGAUAUCCACGGAGUUUAAUUUUUACUAUUAUAGAAAUCCAAGAAAUCGUCUGUGUACGCAUCCUCGCUUAAUUGCAAGAAAACGUAGACGUCCAUUAGAUCCAACUUCGCACCUACUUAUUCCAGAAUCAGUAACAAAUUAUGUUAAGCCAACACGCAAGUCGAAUAGUACAUCAACAGGAAAGGUUUUAAAUUUAAUCAUCGACAAAUUAGCACGUCUUCUAGAUCCUAAUGUUGUUUCACCUCGCAAACGUAUUUUGCGCGAAUUGGAGAGAGUAUCAUUAGAAGAUCAGGCAUCCAAAAGACGUGCGACGCCACAACCUGUUUGUACAACGAGUGCUUCAACAUCGCCAAAACAAUUAUCAUCGUACAGUAUAACAAGUAUCUUGGGAGAAGAUAAACCAAGUCAUGAACAAGGCUUUUUGAGAAAUUUAUUGAAGCCAGAUGACAGACAAACUGUGAAAUACUCAUCAAGUAACUCGUAUCCAAGGGUACGAGUGGAUCCAUACAUUGGUACUAUAAAUACACCUCUUCAGCAUCCACUUUAUGGUGUACCAAUGUUACCUCCUGGACCAUAUAGAGCACCCUUAUGGAUGCAUUAUCCAUCGCCCGUCCAUUACCCACCUCCUAUGCAAUUGUAUGCACCGCCACCACCUCAUCCUCCAUCUCCUCCAGUUCAUCAUUACAAAGACUACAGGGAACAAACUCUCACACCUCCUUCAGAUAUGCCUUUAAAUCUGUCGAAGCAUGCGGGUUGAAUCUCAGGAUCCUAAAAGCUGGUGCCUUAUCAAUGGACAAAACUGUGCAAACACUGCCCGUGCAACGACAAUGCGAUAUAUUAGUAUUUUUUUAUCCAUAAACAAUAGUAUCAUAGUAAGUAGAAAUAUGCAACCAGAAGGACAAAGUCUGGGUGCUAUACUUGUACAUACAAAUGCAUAAACUGUCAAGAGUUGGCAUAGGUAUUUUAUAUUAAUAUUAAAUUAAAUCAUGAGUAGUAUUAUGCAAUUUUAAUGUAAUUAAUACUAUAUAUGUAUGACAUAAUUGAAACUAUGUAUGUACUGCAUAAUUAUUUACGUUAGAUAUGCUCACUGCUUUUUGUUUAAUUACAAAAAGAAAACAUGGCGAUUUGACUGUUUAAAACACAUGAAUGUGUUCACGUUGUAAGAUCAUUGGAUUCGUUUUAUAUUUCAAUUAUUUUUACUACUCAUGAUUCGGAUACCACAAUGAAAGAAAAGGAGCAUGCUCUCAUCUUAUGCAUCUCAUUUAUGCAUUAUCUUGUUAUUCUUAUUAAUGUUACUAUCAUUAUUAUCAUUAAUAAAUGAUACGACUAUCCACUUUAAAAGAUUCAUAAGAAAGACAUAGAAUUAUGUACAGAACAGAUUAUUACCUAUAUUUAGUAUAAAUAAUUAUUCCUAUGAAUAGUAAUACGAUAAUAAAUCCUAGGUUAAUAGCAUCCACAACAGUAUACAUUUAUUUAUAUAAUAUUAAUGAACAAAACAAAAUUGCUUGGUAAAGACCGUGGAGUGUGCCUUAAAUAAUUGUCUAAAUUGCAAAAAACUAAAUUAUGAACAUUUUCACGGAUAUGUAUUAUUAUUACUACUACUAUUACUAUGUACAUAUGAAUAUAACUUUGUGUUACGUAUUUGCAUCAAAUCGACAUAUUCGUCACUAUUUAUUAUUAGUCAGGCGCAUUACCAAACAUUUUACGCGAAAGGCAAGCUCACACAGGCUCUACAAACUAGUGAGUAAUUUUAAUUAUUCAUUUACAUAAACUUUUUUUAUUAAUUGAAACAGAUGAAAUAUGUGACU